GCAGCAGCAGCAGCAGCGUGAGGUCCUGGCCGGAGUCGGGAGGUGGCGGCGACGAGGGCUUUGGAGCUGGAAGAUGGUGGGCCCUGGGAGGAAAACUUAGAAGGAGUCAGGUUUCAGCCGGGCUUGGAGGCUUGCAAUGACUCAGAGAGACCCAGCCUGAGAGAGAGAGUGAGAGAGAGAGAGAGAGAGAGAGAGAGAGAGAGAGAGAGCUGCCUUUGUUCCACUUGGGCUCCAAGCUGAGAGGGAGAAGGCAAGCCUCUGCCUCCCUCAUCUGUCCCUGCAAGCAGCUGGGCUCUCCUCCUCUCCCUGCAGAGCCGCCUUCUCCAAGAUGCCCCCUCGGCCCCCCCGGCGGCCCUGGCCCGGGCUCCUGCUGCUUUGGGGCUCGUUGCUCCCAGCGGUCCUGCCGGCGCAGGUCAUAGAAGAAAGAGGAUCAAAAGGGCACUUGGACCUCACAGAACUAAUAGGCGUCCCGCUGCCCCCUUCCGUCUCUUUUAUCACUGGCUACGGAGGGUUUCCAGCAUACAGUUUUGGACCAGAUGCUAACAUUGGCCGCCUGACAAGGACUCUGAUACCUCAGCGGUUCUACAGAGAUUUUGCUGUCACCGUCACCGUCAAACCAAACAGUGACCACGGAGGAGUGUUGUUUGCCAUCACCGAUGCCUUUCAGAAGAAAAUUUACUUGGGAGUCCGUCUGUCGCCCGUGGAUGAUGGCACCCAGAGGAUAAUUAUGUAUUACACCGAACCCAGUUCGCACAUAUCUCGAGAGGCAGCUUCAUUCAAGGUCCCAGUGAUGACCAACAAAUGGAAUCGCUUUACAUUGACGGUGCAGGAAAAUGACAUUGUGCUGUUCAUGGACUGCGAAGAAUAUCACAGGAUCCAGUUUCAGCGAUCUACUCAGGCUCUAUUCUUUGAGCCCAGUUCGGGAAUAUUUGUUGGGAAUGCUGGAGCUACAGGACUAGAAAGAUUUACCGGCUCCAUUCAACAGCUCACCAUUAAACCGGACCCAAAGACCGCCGAGGAUCAAUGUGAGGAUGAUGAUCCCUACGCUUCCGGAGAGAGCAGCGGCCAUGAUGACGUUCAGGGACAGGAGGGGAUCCCUGAAACUCAGGAAGCAAUUCGGCCCACGCCCACACAAAUCCCAGCGCUGGCUGGGAAUCUGUCUGAAGAAACAACUUCCGGACCAGCAGGAGCCCCACCAACCCUCUCAACCAGCGCUGAAGAUGGAGAUUUCUCAGGGCAUCACAUCUUGGAGGAAUCCGUGGUCCCCACUGAAGUCACAGAGCAAGGUGCAACCACUGUGGUGUUUCUAAAUCAGACAUUCAACCACACAACUCAGCCGGAGAGCGAAACCACCACGGCAGCUCAGGAAACGUUACAAACGGAAGCUGGCCCUCAAGCUGGAGUUCUGCAAGGAACACAUUUAGAAAAGGGUCAAAAAGGUGAACAAGGUCAAAGGGGAGAGGAAGGACCGCCAGGGCCUCCGGGAGGGGAAGGACCAGAAGACGCCCAGCCUGGGACCCGUGGACCACCUGGGCCUCCUGGAAAGGCUGGCCAGGAUGGGAAACCAGGAAUUCCUGGAAAAGACGGGUUAAGGGGUGAACCGGGAGGUCACGGUGCACCGGGGCAGAAAGGAGAGCCAGGCCCUCAAGGAGAAAAGGGAGAUGCUGGGGUUGGGUUGCCAGGACCGCCCGGGCUUCCAGGGCCCCCCGGACCACCGGCUCCAUCAAGGGGAUUUUUUCAGAAAAGGAUAGAAUUGGAUGGGUCUGGCUCUGGCUCUGGUGAUUUUGACAGAGACACUGAACUUCCAAGAGGAGCUCCUGGGCCCCCAGGCCCUCCCGGAUCACCUGGAUUGCCGGGCCCAGAUUUCAAUGCCGGAGUCCCUGGGCAGCCUGGAAGAAACGGGAAGGAUGGAGACCACGGGCAGCCAGGCCCUCGGGGUCCCCCCGGUCGUCCUGGUAAGAACGGAACGGUCAGCUUUGCAGGCCCAAAGGGAGAGAAAGGUGACCAAGGACUUCCUGGACCAAAGGGAGAUCCUGGCGAUGUUGGAGCACCAGGCCAGAAAGGGCAGCCAGGAGUUGAUGGGACACCUGGGAUACCAGGACUACCCGGACCGCCGGGACCGCCUGGCCCAGGCUAUGGUUUUGGAUUUGAGGACAUGGAAGGCUCAGGGAUCAUCGGUUUGCCAAAUGGACCUGCCAUCCUUGGAUCCAGUGGGCCAGACGGUCCCACUGGGAGGCCUGGUCUGCGAGGAGCACAGGGGCCAAAGGGAAGAAAUGGGGACAAUGGACUACCAGGCCUAAAGGGCUUGAAGGGAGAAAACGGUCUAGAAGGAAAGCCGGGAUUUCCUGGUGUUGCCGGGCGCCCUGGAGAUGCAGGAUUUAAAGGAGAAAAAGGCGACCCAGGACCCAAGGGUGAAUCAGGAGAGCCAGGGGCUAGCGUUAUCGGACUACCGGGGCCACCUGGACCACCUGGGCCCAUUGUAGCCGUUCAGAUGACACACAACACUUCGGAUGGAAGUUUAAACCUUACUGGACUUCACGGAAUUGGGCUUCCAGGUCCAGACGGUAAGCCCGGCCUGCCAGGAUUUCCUGGACCAAAGGGACCAAAAGGUGAUCUGGGGCUACCUGGGCUUCCAGGAGAGAAAGGAAAGCAGGGUGAAAAAGGAGAGCCGGGAGCUAUCUUUGCUUCAACAGACUCGCUGACAGAACUGAUCCGGAGACCAGGAGAGAAGGGUGUGCCAGGAGAAAUAGGACCACCUGGGGCAAUGGGACCAAUUGGGCCUCCAGGACCUAAAGGAGAACUUGGUUUUCCUGGUCGGCCUGGACGCCCCGGCUUGAAUGGACUGAGAGGAAUAAAAGGUGAACGGGGCGUGACGUUAUAUGGCCACCCGGGCGUGCCUGGGCCACCUGGACCUCCGGGACCUCCAGGCCGUGUGGUUUUCAUCAAAGGAGCAGUAUUCCCGAUUUCUCCUAGGCCUCAGUGCAAGAUGCCAGUAAGCACCGCUCGUUCAGGAAACCAGGAAGCCACUGAUAGUUCCUUGGGUGUUUGUGGUCCACCAGGUAUAAAAGGUGAAAAAGGAGACCAUGGCGAACCAGGACCUCCAGGUCCUCCGCUGCCGUCGACGUAUUUCAACCACUUCAGGGGUGAAAAAGGAAACAAUGGGGAAAAUGGCCUGAAAGGAGAAAAAGGAGAGCCAAGUGGAGAAUUUCUUAUGUCAGGACCUCCGGGGCUCCCUGGAAGACCAGGACCUGUGGGGCCAAAAGGAGACACGAUUGUGGGCCCUAGAGGUCCUCCAGGAGUACCUGGCCUACCUGGGCCUCCAGGGUUUGGACCUCCCGGGCCACCAGGACCCCCUGGGCCCCCAGGACCCCCUGCAAUCUAUGGUUCAGCUGCUCUCCCAGGGCCACCAGGACCACCUGGAGAACCAGGGUUACCCGGGACCAGGAAUUUGGUAACGACGCUUAGAAAUGUUGACAGUAUGCUCCAAAACGUUCACUUAGUGUCAGAAGGCACCUUGAUCUACCUCCGUGAAACCAGUGAGGUUUUCAUCCGUGUUCAAGAGGGAUGGAAAAAACUGCAGCUUGGCGAAUUGAUUCCCGUCCCUGCUGACAGCCCCCCACCUCCAGCAAUUUCCAGCCCUGAAUUUCAACCCCUUCCAGCACCAUUUCCAGCUUCACGUCCUGACCACGGAAGGCCAAGCCUUCAUCUGGUGGCUUUGAACAGCCCAUUUUCGGGAGACAUGCGAGCUGACUACCAGUGUUUUCAGCAAGCCCGGGCAGCCGGUUUACUCUCAACCUACAGAGCCUUGCUGUCUUCGCACCUGCAAGACCUCUUGACUGUCGUCAGGAAAACAGACAGAUACCAUCUGCCUGUGGUUAAUCUGAAGGAUGAGGUGCUGUUCAAUAACUGGGACUCAAUAUUCUCAGGCAACGGGGGACAAUUUGACAGCCAGAUCCCAAUAUACUCCUUUGAUGGUCGGAAUGUCAUGACAGAUCCCACGUGGCCCCAGAAAGUGGUUUGGCACGGCUCGAGUCCCAAUGGAAUACGACUGAUCAGCAGUUACUGCGAAGCCUGGCGGACGGCGGACCUGGCGGUCAUGGGGCAGGCCUCGCCACUCAAGUCUGGGAAGCUCUUGGAUCAACAAGCCUACAGCUGCAGCAACCAGUUCAUCGUCCUAUGCAUUGAAAACAGUUAUAUCUCUGACAGCCAAAGGAAAUAAGAGGACCCCUGACCCCCGCCACACCGCAUGUAAAUUAAAGUUUUAUUACAAAAAGAGUUGACACUGAAAUGUAAUUUUUUUAAAGAAAUAAAUGAUGUAAAUAU